AUGGAGCAAUCACCCACACUCCGCGCCAACAUGAAAAGCUCCAGCAAUCCGGCACCCGUAAAGCAAGAGGAUCAGGAGGACCAAUUCUUCUGGUCGUAUACCGAGGAACCUCAUCGUUCUCGUCGCAUGGCCAUCAUCAAGGCACACCCUGAGAUCCUCAAAUUGUGCGGACCCGAACCGCUGACGAUCCCCCUUGUCCUCGCUGUGGUAGGCCUUCAGUGCACCUGUGCCUACCUCCUCAGCAACACUCCUUUCUGGUCCUGGCGAUUCUGGCUCACGGCAUACAUCAUCGGUGCUACUGCCAACCAAAACCUCUUCUUGGCCAUUCACGAGAUAUCACACAAUCUUGCUUUCAAAUCUGGCUUGGCGAACCGUCUGCUCGCUAUCGUUGCCAACUUGCCCAUUGGCAUUCCCUACUCGGCCUCAUUCAGGCCCUACCAUUUGACCCACCACAAGUCUCUUGGUGUUGACGGUCUCGAUACCGAUCUGCCCACCGCCUUCGAGGCUUUCUUCCUCGAUUCUAUCGCAGGAAAAGCCUUCUUCUGCACCUUCCAAAUCUUGUUCUACGCUCUGAGACCUAUGAUGGUCUAUCAGAUCCCUUUGACCAAGAUCCACGCCCUCAACAUUGUUGUUCAGCUUCUGUUUGACUAUGUUCUCAUCCAGUCAUGGGGAGGCAAGGCUGUCGGAUACUUCAUCUUGAGCAGUUUCCUCGCUGGAUCUCUGCACCCUGUAGCCGGCCAUUUCAUUGCUGAGCACUAUGUCUUUGAUCGUGCUUCGAUCGAGAACAAGCAGGCGCGCGAUGCCAAAAACCGUAUUCCGGUCCCUGAGACUUUCUCUUACUAUGGACCGCUCAACCUUCUGACUUACAACGUUGGCCUGCACAAUGAGCAUCACGACUUCCCAGCCAUUCCCUGGACCAGACUCUGGAAGGUCAAUGAGAUUGCCAAGGAUUUCUACCAAGAUUUGCCUUACCAUCGUAGUUGGGUCGGUGUCGUCUGGCAGUUCAUCAUGGACAAGGAAGUUGGUUUGUGGUGCAGAGUCAAGCGCAAGGAAGGUGGAAGAAAGGUUGGUGCCUGGAAGGAGGAGGAGAUCCAAAACUGA